AUGGCGGCCAGGCAGAUCCGGGCGUUGGCAGGCGCCGCGCUCGGGAAGCAACCUCCCGUCGCCCUGCUACCAAAACCUCUCUGGGAUGGAGCAGGGAUCCGCCAGCACUUCAGCAUCACCUACUGCUCGGCUUCCGGGGAAGAGUGCAAUGGCUCCGGGCGCCUCUCGCAGAGCAGGCCGGAGGGUGCAGCGAGGAGCUCAGCGAGCGAAGAGUUAACGGCGGCAGAGCGGCGGAUUCUAGAGCUGCACACCACCGCCUGCGCGGCUGGCCAGCUCACCUAUGUGGAUCCAGCUACUGGCUAUGUGGUGCUCACACAGCUUGCCCACUUACAGAGAGGUGAAUGCUGUGGCUCUGCCUGCAGACACUGCUCAUAUGGUCAAGUCAAUGUUAAAGAUCCUUCUAAAAAGAAGCAAUUCAAUUCAUAUUUUUAUGUUUGA